GAUCGCUCCGGUGGAGUCGUGGAGAUAAAAGACAAAAUGUCGAUCGAUACCUGUGGAUUGCUAAAAGCUCUCGAUCGUCACGAUGAGAAGAAGAGAGGGAGGGCUGGAGGGGUGCGUUAAAACCCUAGCUGGUUCGCUGUUACUCACGCACCGAUCUUUAGAGAGUCAUUAUGGAUCAUCCCAACCAAGAAGGCGAUCAAGAUGAGCAAUCUCCUGCGCUACUAGAUCAAGAUGGGCAAGAUUUUCUUGACGAGCUUGUAUCCCAGCUACUGGCAGAUGACGUCCCAGAUUCAUUUUGGGAUGAAGUAGGACAUGGUGCUCUAACAGCACCAGGAGCCCCUGACUUUGCUUAUAAUGAGAUUCAGACUCUGUCAAAUCAUGAUAAGGAGUUAAACGAGCAACAAUGUGACCAGUUGAUUGUGGAUACGCUUGAACUUCUACAGCCUUCAAUGAUGCUGUUAGGCCCACCUGAUGCAUCUUAUUCCAUGGAUGAAUUCAGUCCACUGCCUGCAUCCAGCACACAAUUGCCAGAGAAUCAGAUGCCAGCUGGAAUUCAGCCGUUGAUCCAGGAGCAAUUGGAUCCAGCUGCAGAGAAAGAACUGAAAAGGCGUGAGAGCAAAAGAGCAUGUGAUCGAGCAUACCGCCAAAGGAAAAAAGAAAAGGAACUGAAACUCAUAGAUGAAAAUGAGGUAAACGGUCGGCUACUGAAUGCACUUAGAGCUCAAAUACAAACACUGGGGGAUCAAUUGCAGAAGGCGCAACAGCAGGUGGAGAAAAACACCAAAGUUGAGGCUGAAAAAGAGUAUUGGAAGAAACAGUAUCUUCUGUUGAGUGAAAGUUCUAAAAAGAAUUCAAGGAAAGAGAAUCAGCUGCUUCCAAAAGUGAAGGCCAUGAGGAAACAAAUUUGUCUCUAUCAGAAAAACUUGGGAAAACUAUGGAUUAAGAAACGAAAGAAGAAACUGAAGAAACAGGUCAUGAUGGUGGAAAGUGCAGAAGAAACUAAAAAUGAUAAUUGAAUGUCUAGGUUGCUUGAUUUGGUUGGGCCUAUCAUUACCUUGAGGUUUCCAAUUUUAUUGGUUACGGAGAGACAUUCAAUUUGAGAAUCAUCUGAGAGGUGUUAUUGAGUUCGAUGUUUAGAUUGCAUGGUUUUCUGGAUAUGAUUUCGAGUCUUUGUGGAUUUUUAUUGUAUUGAGGAGUGGUUGAGUUCGAUAUUUAGACUAAAUGGUUUGCUGCAUAUGGUUUCAACUCUCUGUGGAUUGUUAUUUUAAUAAUAUGAGUGGAUGUUGAACUUUGAGAUAGAUGGUGAUGCUAUGAUUUUAAGGAUAUUGAGAAACUUAUAAAUGUUGUACAUUUAU